AUGACGUUGUCACUUGCCCUUCUCACCCUUGGGCUUGGCCUAGAGGCUGCUGCGCGUCCGCUCUCAGCGGGCAUGCAAAACAUCAAGAAUGUCGUGGUUCUGGUGCAAGAAAACCGAUCAUUUGAUACUCUUGUCGGCGGGCUCACAUACAACGACGAUAUUGAUGGAUUGGCCGGACGUGAUACCCCCUUCUGUAACCCAGCCAACAUCUCGCAGCCAGAUGGCAAACAGAUCUGCGGCAAGCCGACCGCCAACAAUAUCGCCAAAGAUGACCCUGACCACACAAUUUGGGGUGGAAACAUGCAAGUCUUUGGAAAAUAUCUUCCCAGCUCCGAUGAUGAGUCGACGAUGAAAGGUUUUGUGACCGAGCAAGACACAUACUACAGUCUGGGAGGAGACACGUUGGAAGCAUCCGAAGUCAUCAACUAUUAUACUCCAGAUCAAGUGCCAGUAACCAACGCGAUGGCCGAGAACUUUGUCCUGUUCGACCGCUGGUUCGCCUCGAUUCCUGGACCGACUGACCCCAACCGCGCAUAUUUGACUUCUGGUACUUCGCACGGCCAGGGAGGCAACACAGAUCCCUUCUAUGACUCGACUCUUCCUCAAAAAUCCAUCUUUCAGCAGCUGUCUGAAAAUGAUAUUACCUGGAUGAACUACGAAAACUCGACGGCCUCGAACCCGCCUUUCGCGCCUGAUUCGAUGUUCUACAAGUGGACCAAAGAAAACGGAAAGGACAAAACCAACGUUUUCCCCAUUGAUCGCUUCUAUUCGGACGCCAAGGCAGGCAAGCUACCUCAAUUCACAUGGAUCAACCCGGAGUGUUGUGAAUUCAUGUCAAUGCAUCCCAAGUCGCCUAUCAACAUGGGCGAGAACUUUAUGAAGGGUGUCUAUGAAGCUAUUCGGAACUCGCCUCAAUGGAACGAGACUCUUCUCAUUGUCACUUGGGAUGAGCACGGAGGUUUUGCUGACCACGUCCCCCCUCCAACCGGCGUUCCCCCAGGUGAUGAUAUGACCUGGUCUGAAGCCCCGUCGAAGGAUGGUACUGGUCUUGGUAAUUACACUUUCAAUUUCGACCGCUUGGGCAUUCGAGUUCCAACAAUGUUGAUUUCUCCCUGGGUUGAGAAGGGUCAUGUUGAGCACAAGGCAAGCAAAAAUGAUUAUACGCAUACAUCUAUUCUAUCAUUUGUGUCUGAGCUUUGGGGUUUGGAUCCUCUGACUCCACGUGUGGAGUGGUCGCCUUCAUUCAGCAGCUUGAUCACCAACAACUACCGGGAUAGCCCCGAGAAGCUCCCCGAUGCCGCUGGUUAUCCAUUGAAGCAUCAAUUGCACUCUCAUUGA